AAUAUAAAUAAAUAAUAUAGUUUUUCAAGUAGUAGCAAAGCUGAACCCAAAUCCAUUUUCGAUUUCAAUCGGAGAGCAAAAGAAGAAGAAGAAUCCAUUUCAUGGCGGCUACAAAGCUUCAAGCCUUUUGGAAUCAUCCUGCUGGGCCCAAAACCAUUCACUUCUGGGCACCUACAUUUAAGUGGGGUAUCAGCAUUGCCAACAUUGCUGAUUUCGCAAAACCACCUGAGAAGCUUUCUUAUCCUCAACAAAUAGCUGUCACAGCUACUGGAAUUGUCUGGUCGCGUUACAGUACUGUAAUUACUCCUAAAAAUUGGAACCUUUUUAGCGUUAACGUUGCAAUGGCAGUUACUGGCAUAUACCAACUCUCACGCAAAUUGCGACAUGAUUAUUCCUCAGAAGCAGAAGUAGCAAAAGAGGCGGAAGUAGCAAAAGAAUGAUGACGAAGAAUUUGAAAAUAAGUUAUUGUGUACUUGGAGCCCGAUGCCCUGAUUGCAAUUUUCAUGUUGAACUUAUAUUUGAAUUAUUAUUUUGGGACGUGGUUCAUUUUGUAGUUGGCAAAGGCACAAACUGUCAAAUCUUGUGUAUUUUCAUGUCUGACCUGAUUGUUGUAGAAAUAGGGAUUCGAGAUAAGUGGUAACUGAAUGCCAUAGGCUCCAAAUUUACAUCUCGAUAUUUAUUGUUAAUUUGUUAUGUUCAUAAUCAUAUCUUCAAGCCCUCGCAAAUUGAAGUAUUGAACUGA